AAAAAAUGUGGGUUUAGACCUCCUAAAAUGUAAAUGAUGGAUUUCUUAAAAGAUCUUUAUUUUACUAUUUUUUAUACACUCAGUUAUGUGACUAGUUUGUGAACUCUCUGAUGGUGAAGAUGAGGAAUCCUCUAGUGGUGUUUUUGAUUGGAUCAACUUUGUACAUUUUUUUUUAUUGGUUCAGGCUAGAAAGGUGAAACUCAAACACAUGUUGUAGAAGAUGUUCUAUGUUGACAUAAUUGUAACUUUUUUUCCAAUGCUUCUUAUUGACUGAUUCCAAAUUGAUGAGGGCAACUAUGAGCAUCAUCAGUCUGAGCGAUAGCAGGGCCCACAGUGAUCAAUACACAGAACCACAUCACCUGCAAAGAGCAGGGAUGCAAGUCUGAGGUCCCCAAACCAGAUACUCUCCUCACCUCGGCUGUGCCUGCAGAUGCCUGUGUGCCUGUCGUCCAUGAAUAUCAGAAACAGGAUCAGGGACAGGGGACAACCUUUGCGGAAUCCAACAUCCGCUGAAAAUGGAGACCAGCAUCACCAAGCAGCACUCAGAUAGACCUGGUUUGUUGUUAGAACCACACCAUACUGCAAGACAGAAGCAGAAGAGAACAAGAUGAAGAGUAAAGGUCAUCCUCAUUUAGAAAAAAUGUGCUAGUCCGACACUAAACUUUGGAGAAUGGAUAAAGCAGGUGAUAAUAGUUUUAGAGGUAACCAAUGGCAGCGACUCCUCAGGUGGCAUCGGGGCCAGAAAGUGAAUGAGGAACGAGAAGAUGGAGUCAAGGACGAAGGGAAACGUAACACCAUUCUGGGUCUGAAGUUUGAAGUUAAGGAGUGGGUGGUGGACCCAGCAGAGCAGUUUUAUUAUGUCUGGCUACAGGUCAUGAUCCUUCCUAUUGUCUACAACUGGGUGAUCAUCAUUUUAAGGACAUGCUUUACUGCCAUUGCACUGAGCUACCUGCCUGUGUGGCUCACUCUGGACUAUCUGGUAGACCUCAUGUAUAUACUAGACAUGGUCGUCACUGUUCACACAGGUUACUUGGAUCAGGGCAUCCUGAUAAAGGACCUAGCUCAGCUGAAGAAGCGCUACCUCCACUCUAAACGUUUCUUAAGGGACCUGGUGUCCCUGCUCCCCACCGACCUCCUCUACUUUGCCUUUGGCAUCCAAACUGCGCUGGUGAGGAUCAACCGCCUUCUGCGUUUGCCGAGACUCAAUGAGGCCCUAGAUCGCAUGGAAACAAGAACCUCCUACCCCAACACCUUCCGCAUCUCCAAGCUCAUGAUCUAUAUCUUUGUGUUGAUCCACUGGAAUGCCUGUCUCUACUUUGCACUGUCCAGCUACCUUGGCUUUGGAAGUGAUUACUGGGUCUACCCCAACAUCACCGAGCCAGAGUUUGCCUCCUUGCGCCGUCAGUACAUCUACUGCUUUUGGUUCUCUGCUCAGAUUUUCACUACAGUAGGAGACACCCCCCUGCCGAAAAGGGAAGAGGAAUACUUGUUCAUGAUUGCAGACCUGCUCAUUGCCGUGCUGGUGUUUGCAUCAAUUGUUGGCAACGUUGGUGAUGUCAUCUCAAGCCUAAGUGACCGUGAUAAUGUCUUCUUCCCAAACCAUGAGCUGGUGAGGGCAUACCUACGAAGCCAUCACAUUAGCAAGGAGCUUCGACAGCGUAUUGACAACUGGUACCAGCACCUUCACAUCAACAAGAAGAUCAUGCGAGAGAAUGAAAUCCUGCAGCAGCUACCCAUUCACCUGAGGACAGAGAUUGCUGUCAGCGUUCACGUCCCCACACUCUCCAAAGUCACCAUCUUCCAGAGCUGUGAGAAAAGCUUGCUGGAGGAGCUGGUGCUUAAGCUAACACCUCAGGUGUUCAGUCCAGGAGAGUACGUCUGCAGGAAAGGAGACGUUGGCCAUGAAAUGUAUAUCAUCAAGGAGGGAAAACUCGCAGUUGUAGCAGAUGAUGGGGUCACAGAGUUUGCUGUGCUGAGUGAGGGGAAUUUCUUUGGAGAAAUUAGUAUCCUCAACAUCAAAGGUAACAAGUCAGGCAAUCGUCGCACCGCCAACAUCCGAAGCAUUGGCCACUCUGACCUGUUUAGCUUGUCAAAAGAAGACCUGACAGACGUGUUAUCUGAGUUCCCUGCAGCCAAACAUCACCUGGAGGAGAAAGGCAGACAGAUCCUCACCAAGAUGGGCAUGUUGGAGGAGAGCAGGGAGGGGGAGGAGGUAGAGUCAGAGAAAGUCGAAACCAAGAUAAAAAGGCUAGAGGACAACUUGGAGAUCUUGCAAACAAAACUAGCUCGACUCAUGGUGGAACUAGAGUCAAGCAAUCACAAGAUGCAGGCCAGGGUGCAGCAGCUGGAGUGGGAGGUGGCAGCACUGGAGACUCAGCUUCCAGAAGAUGGGGAGGAGGGAGAGGGAGUCCAGGGAAGAGGUGAUGGGGUGGGAGGGGAAGUUGAAUGGGAGCGAGAAGAGGCAGAAGGAGAGGAAGAGGAGGGUUCAGAUGUAAAGAUGAAAAAACAGGAACAGGGAGAGGAUAGUAAUGAAGUAAGUAAAGAGGGAGAUGGAGAGAGCACUAAAAGCACAAAGGAAGAUAUGGAAAGGAUGGCUGAAGGAGAUAAAUCUGGACUGAAGGACCCAGAGGAUCAGGAAAAGAAAAAAGAAGACGAUGGAGAGAAAAACCGAGACAAAGGAGAUGACAGACCUGGGAAAGGGGAUGGAGCUGAGAUUGAGCCUGAAGACAAGAAAGAGGAGAAAAGUGAAGAGAGAGAGACUGAAGAGAUAAGAGAACAGGAGGAAGAGGGGCAGAAAGAUGAAGAGAAGAAAAAAAAGAAUAAUAAAGCAAAAUAACUGAAAAGUAGAACAAAGCUUUAAAAAUCUGUCUGUGUAUUUAUCUGUUUUAUAUCAAUAAAAAUACAAAAAAAGGGCCAUUGACGAACUGUCUGCAAUACAACUUUGUACCUCUAGAUGGUAGCAUUGUAUCUCCCACUGUGAAUAAAUCUGAAACAGAGUUACUGUUGAAAC